UUUGACCACAACCUUCUUCUUGCAGCAGCAAAGCAAGCUGCAGAAGCAACAAAGCAUUUUAGUAAAGUAAAAGCCCAUCACUCCCAAACACAUCUAGGGCAUGUCAGAAAUGGAGGAAGAAAAAAUUCAAGAUCAGAACAACCACCAGCAGCAGCAGGAGCAGCCUCAUCAACAAGAUGUGAACACAGAUCUUCAUCCUCUUCCAUCUCCCCCUCCUCCUGCUACUGUGAAUCUCAUAGAUACAGUCACAAUCAUACCACCAGAUUCGCAGCGUUGCAGAAGAAACAGUGGUCAUUCUGGUUGGAGAUGUAAGAAUUUAAGCGCUGAUAAUAAUCUACAAUACUGUCAACAACAUUACGAUUCGAGAAAAAACAAUCCGCCUAAGAAGAAGAAGAAAAAAUUGAUUGAAUCUGAUUAUUCUCCAUCUCCAAUCUCAAAUUCAAUUUCUUCACCGAUUAAGCUUAAGAUUCGGAGAAGAAGAGAUGUUGUGGAUCUAGAUUUUGGAAGCAGCGGCGGCGGUGGUGUUGGUGGUGGUUGUAGUCGUAGUGGUGGUGGUGGUUCUGAAUCUGCUGAUUGUUGUUCAGAAAAGAGGAGAAGGAAGACGAAGAAAGUCGAUUGUCCUUGUUGUGUUGAACCUAGGGUUUCAUUUUCUUUAGAUUGUUUCCAGAAAGAGCAUCUUAGGGUUGAAUUGGGGGAUUGUGUUGAUCUGAAUGUGAACCAUCCUCCGGAAGCAAUUACUCAUGAACCUGUUACUGUUGCCGCUGCUGCUGCUGUUGUGACUCCUACUGCUAAUGAUCUAGGAUUUGGGAGUUCAGGGAGGAAUAUGGAGAAGGUGGAUGUGCCGCCGGAUGAAUUGCGGUGUCGAAGAAAUGAUGGGGUGAAUUGGAGAUGUAAGAAUUACUGGAGCAGUGAUAAUGAUCUGAGAUAUUGUGAUAAACAUUAUACAACUAGGGUUAUUGGUCUGAGGAGGAAGAGCAAUUCCAGGAAGACGACACCGAGGAAUGUUGAAUGGGGUAUUCAGACGAAAUCUAUUGCAAAUGAUCUCGAUUUGAAGGUUGAAUUGGCGUCUGAGGAUGAAAUUAGUGCGAAGCAGAUCGAUUCGAAGGUUGAAUUUGAAAGUGAGGAUAAAUCUGUUGAUGGGAAUCAUGUAAUGGAAGAGGAUAAACCUGCUGAUGUUAUUAUUGAGGGGGAUAAACCUGCCGAGGUUAUUGAGGAGGAUAAACCUGCUGAUGUGAUUGAGGGGAAUAAACCUGCUUAUUUAAUUGAGGGGAAUAAACCUGUUGAAUCGGAAAAUAAGGAAAAUGGGGAUGCAGGAGCUGGUGAUUUGGGUAAUGGUGGUGGUGUUGAGGAAUCUAAUGGAAAUGUUCCGAAAGUGGAGAAUGAAGUUGUGCAGGAAAUCAAAAAGAAGAAGAAGAAGAAGAUUAAGAAGAGUAAGCGAUGCGAAGGUGGUGGUAAUGGGAAAUCUGAAUCACAAAUUAAGGAUAAGAAAAAGAAGAAGAGGAAAAGGGAGAGGGAAAUUCAUUCUAUUUCUGGUUUAGGAACUAGGGUAAUAGAUAGCGCGAAACCAAGGAAGGUAAUGGAAGGUGAUCGGUCCGUUAAUGAAAUCGCAAUUCAACAUGUUCGGUCUGUCAGUGAUGCGGCAAUUCAAGAAGCUACCUGUGACUCCGACGGAGUUUUAGAAGCAUUUGCUGAAAUUGCAAUGAAAAAACAGAAAGUUGAAACCACAAAGAAGAUGGAGUUGAAGAGAUGUUCUGGAGAAGUUAAAUCGACAAAAUCUAAGGAGCGUAUGGUUGAAAUGGAAAAAAGUUUGCAGCAUUACAAACGCAAGUGGCUUGAGAUGUCUGUGGAGCUUGAGAAGAAGAAAAUGGAGUGUGUUGAAGUGCAGGGUAAAUUGGUGGAUGUUGAAUCUAGAAAGGUUGUUGCUGAUGAUGAGUUCAAGAAAUACAAAAGACUACGUCGCAAGAAAGACGAGAGGGCUCAAGAAACAAUCACUUACUUGGAGGGGAAAAUAAAAAUGAUAGAAAAGGAUUUGGAACACGGGAAGAGCAAAGCUGAAGAUGAGACUGAAUACUGGAGGAAGAAGUUCUGCGAUUUGGAGAGUCGAGUCCUGAAGAUGGAAAAUGGAAACUCAACUUCUGAGAAGAUAGAAUCAGAAGUUCGGGGUGUACAAAGUGAAGUCACUGACAAUGAUAAAAACCAAUGUGAUAAAAGUACAACGGACGAACCUAAUGCUGAAACCAGUGGAGGGAGGAAUGCUUCUCAUGUGGCUGAGUUACAAACUGAAAAGAAACUUCUGAAUGGGCAUGGCAUUGACAUCAAUAAAUAUCCUGAGGCGGAACCUGCCUUGCCCGAACACUCUGCUCUGAACAUUUCUUCAUGUGGAGGAAAAAAGGUUGAAGAAGGGAAAGGGGCUGAUUGGGAGGAGAGAAAAUCGCAGCAUGGAACUUCAUUUCAAAUUCACUUGGAAAUGAACAAGAAGCCUUCUGUGAACGGGGUUUCAGAUAGCGGUGGUGAAACUGUUGGUCAGUCUCUUUUAGAAGAUUCUAAUACCUGUACUAGUGAUUCAAAAAAUUCUUCUGGUGAUGUUAUGGAUAAGUCGGCGAUAAAAUAUAGGACUAGGGACAAAUACAAACUAAUAAAUUGGGAAAUUGAGGCCGACAUGAUUUCUUCAUUUGACGAGGACGCUGAACUUUGUAUGAGAGCCGUUUGUGCUCUCUUUCGGCUUCAAAGAUCUGAAGAAAACGUAUCGGCGGAUUGGUUGUUCCAUUACAGUGAUGCACUCAGCAGGGGUAGUACGCUCGCCGAGUUUCUUAUGGAUGGGGAUCGCAGAGGUGACCUAAAGAAGACUGUGGAGGAGUUGGAUGUAUUCGACGGCAAAGCUCGUGAAGACUGCAAAAGGUUGGCUAAAAGCUACUCGAAGCAGUUAUUCAGGAUCUACCAGAACAAAGAAGAUCCUUUCUUUCCAUCUUAGCUAACUACCAUACCAUGAGAUCAAGCUGCAAACACCAUGUAGUGUUAGUUUCCUUCACCCUUUUCACUAGACAUUAAAAACUUGGUCUCGUUUUAAAUUUCUUUAUAUGUUAUAUAUAUGCAGUUCAAAUCUAGUUAAUGUGAUAUUCUUUUUCUGUUGACUCUCCUAUGUAGUAAUUGAUGUAUGAUACACAAAUGUUUUACAUUCUUUUCUCAUCCAACUGUUACUAUGUUGAGUAGAAUGAUAGAUAUUUGUGACAGUUACAAUGAAAAACUCGCCAUUCUGUCA